AUGGGCGGCCCCAACCUCGAGAUCUUCAAAUUCGGGCUCUACAUCCUGUUCCCGAUCGGAUACAUGUACUACUUCGGCACGAACCUGGAGGAGCGCUUCAGCGUGCCCGAUUUCUGGCCUAAGCCGCACCAGACGCACAAGCUGCCGUACGAGAAAGACGAGAUUGAAGGGGAGCUGGCGAGGUUGAGGGCGCGGAGGCUGGCGCUGAGGGAGAGGCGGUUGAGGGAGGAGGGUGCCCGGGAGGGAGGGGGGGAGGAAUAG